CGGAGAAGGUGGUGUAAACGACUGCAUUGCUGCUCAUCCCAAACUACAUAGCUAUUGGGACUGCGUUGAACCAUUUGACUCUGCGCUAUAACUCAAAGGACUAUGCAUUUCAGGGAUGGAUGAAUAAAACCAGAACAAACAUCUGCUCCUGUAACACAGUACUAUCAUACAAGGCCUAUCUUGAUAUGACAAUGGUGUGAAGUGGCCCUCAGGGAAGAAGAACACAAGUCCCUCAGGUGUCCCACUGUCCUCUUCAUCGCUCCAUGCCCCGCUAAGAAGACAACACAGUGUUCCACUUGUGGAAAGAAGAGUUUUGCACCCUCUUUUUGCUCUACCGUUUCUUUCUCGCCAUGGGGGGUGCAGUGAGCGCCGGGGAGGACAACGAUGAUCUGAUUGACAACCUGAAGGAGGCGCAGUACAUCCGUACAGGUCGCGUGGAGCAGGCCUUCAGGGCCAUAGACCGCGGGGACUACUACCUGGAUGGCUACAGGGACAAUGCCUAUAAGGACCUGGCGUGGAAGCAUGGCAACAUCCACCUUUCUGCCCCCUGUAUCUACUCUGAGGUGAUGGAGGCUCUGAAGCUCCAGCAGGGACUGUCCUUCCUCAAUCUGGGCAGUGGGACUGGAUACCUCAGCACCAUGGUGGGACUCAUAAUAGGUCCAUUUGGUGUGAACCAUGGAGUGGAGCUCCAUACGGAUGUGGUGGAAUACGCCAAGGAGAAACUAGAUGACUUCAUCAAGAAUAGUGACAGCUUUGAUAAGUUUGAGUUCUGUGAACCCAUCUUUGUGGUGGGCAACUGUCUGGAGAUCUCGUCAGACAGCCACCAAUACGAUCGUAUCUACUGUGGUGCGGGGGUGCAGAAGGAUCAUGAAAAUUACAUGAAAAUCCUGCUCAAAGUUGGGGGUAUUCUAGUGAUGCCUAUAGAGGAUCAGCUGAUACAGAUCACCAGGACUGGUCAGUGUUCCUGGGAGAGUAAGAAUAUCCUGGCCGUGUCAUUCGCUCCUCUGGUCCAGCAGAACAGAGCUGAGGGAAGCAAGCCUGAUGCUGUAGAGCUCCCCCCAGUGACAGUCAGGAGCCUUCAGGACCUGUCUCGCGUCUACAUCCGCCGCAACCUCCGAGAUCUGACCAAUGAAGAAUGUCCUGACAAAGGUCUGGUGCAGAGGGCGCCCCAGAAACGCAGGCGCAGGCGUUGCCGGCUGCGACGCAUUAACACGUACGUCUUUGUGGGUAACCAGCUGAUCCCCCAAGCCAUGGAGAGCGAGGAGGAUGAACGGAUUGACCAGGAGCAGCACAAGGAGGACCAGGAGCAGCAAGAGGCGCAGGAGAAGGAGCAGCAGGAGAAGGAGCAGGAGGAAGAGGAGGAGGAGAGAGACAUUGGCAGCGUUGAGAUACUAAAGGCAGUGAAUGUGCUAAGAGACAAAAUCAUGACUUUACCUCUGCCUGAAUCGCUGAAGACCUAUCUGUUAUACUACAGAGAAAAAUGACUGACUGCUCAACCUGCUGGCAUCCGUUCUCAUGGAUACCAUGCCUGCUGAGAUGCUUUUCUUCAUUCUCCUGUUUUCUCUUUUUUCAGUACUGAAUGAUGUAGUAUUCUUUUUUUCUUCAAUAUGAACAUGGAAUGGACACUGAGACUUCCUGGGUCGUCAUGGAUCAUUUUCUAUAGUUACUAUGAUAUGGUUAUGUUAGUUUUUAUGUUAUCGAUUGUUUUUUGAAUUUGUAUAUCAAAGAUUUAUUUAAAAGCCUACUGAAUGGAAAAUCCUUUUCAAAUAUGGUAUUUUGAGGAUGUAGAUUGUAUCACAUGUUAAUAUUCUAGCAAAUUGUCACAAAAUGAAAUUGUAUAAAGUAAAAUGCUACCUAUAUUUGAUAACAAUAUGAUAAUAUAAAAAUCCAGAUUUUUACUGCACAUUUUUCUAGAAGCAUUAUGCACUUGAUAUUACUGAAUUAAGAUUUACAAUUGCUGAAUAGAAGAACCAGAGACCAAAAAAAAUGCAUGUACACUUCCUAUUUGAAUCGACGACUAUUAUGGAACAUUUUAUGAAACAUUUCCUCAUGAAUCAUUGAAGGGGCAAUUCUUUCAUUGUUCUUUCCUCACACUGUUAUGUUUGAGUAGAGGGAUUGUAAUGCUGUGUGACGAUGAGAGAUCAAUGGGAGAUUGGUUUGUCAUUUAUUUUUUACCGCGUUUUUAAAUCUCUGAAGUAUUUCUUUAGAAUGGUUUUAUCCUCUUGCUUUCUCUCACUUUGCUAUUAAGUAAUAGGCAUUUUAACUUGGUGAGACAUUUUUAUUGCCUUGAAUGUUUCGUACGCCAGACUUAUUUUAACCUCUUUUUUUUGUUGACGUGCAAAGGGUUUGCAGUUAUCAUACCAGCAGUUAGGCUAACGGGGAAUCUGAUGAAUUAAGAUCUUUCUAAUGGUGAAUGAAAACGGCCUUGUCUCAUAUUGAUUCUGGGUUCAAGAAAUUUUUCCCCCACACAUCAUCUCCAGCUCUUUAUCUAGACCUUGAAGCACUUACAGUACGGCAACACUCAAGACCCAUAAAGUCACGGGUAUACGAUUCAUAUAAUAAUAAUAAUACUCCUGUACUGCAGUGGUGGCUGAUGUCACUUCAAACAGGAGGGCAGGCUCAUAGUAAUGUUUGGAAUGAAACAGUAUCUAACCGGAGGACAGGCUCAUAGUAAUGUUUGGAAUGGAACAGUAUCUAACAGGAGGACAGGCUCAUAGUAAUGUUUGGAAUGGAGCAGUAUCAAAGGAGGACAGGCUCAUAGUAAUGUUUGGAAUGGAACAGUAUUAACAGGAGGACAGGCUCAUAGUAAUGUUUGGAAUGGAGCAGUAUCUAACAGGAGGACAGGCUCAUAGUAAUGUUUGGAAUGGAACAGUUCAUUAACAGGAGGACAGGCUCAUAGUAAUGUUUGGAAUGGAACAGUAUCUAACAGGAGGACAGGCUCAUAGUAAUGUUUGGAAUGACAGUAUCUAACAGGAGGACAGGCUCAUAGUAAUGUUUGGAAUGGAACAGUAUCUAACAGGAGGACAGGCUCAUAGUAAUGUUUGGAAUGGAGCAGUAUCUAACACAUUGAAUUUAAUUUAUUUUGGGUAACAGACAUAUACAACAAAAUGCACAAUGUGGACCCAGAMMAUAUCACUUGAAAGUAU